UCAGAACAAACAACUUCAAAUAUCUCGGGUAGACUUGGAGGUAACCCAACGGGAGCUCGCUCAACAGAAGGCUAACCCAUCUGGGCUGCGUUUUGGGUUUCUCUCGGAAACGGCGUAGGAUUUUCCUACUCACCACGAGGGACGACAGCCUGUUCGCAUUCGCAGAGACGUGUAGGGAAGCAACUCCGAAGCUUCAAGAGUCGCCCGGUUGACUCGUCUCUCGACAGCGAAAGAAGAGGGGAGGGGACUAUUUAUUUAUUUAGCGACAAUUUUCCUAACCCGCUCGGGGUUUUGAAUUUUUUUGGUUUGGUUUGGUUUGCUUCAGGUUUAUAAUCAUAAUAAUAAUAAUAAGGGAGGAGGAAGGAAGGAAGGAAGGAAGGAAGAUGAGCAGCGGGGGCGGGGACAGAGACGGAGACGGAGGAGGAGGCGGAGGAGGAGGGCAGUCUGCGCGGCGGGAGAUGUCGGCGAGCCGGCGGCUUCCGGACUUCUUGCAGAGCGUGAAUUUGAAGUACGUGAAGCUGGGGUACCACUACCUGAUAACGCACCUGCUGACGCUGACGCUGAUCCCGCUGAUGGUGGUGAUCGUGAUCGAGGCCGGGCGGACGGACCCGGACGAGCUGCGGCAGCUGUGGGUGCACCUGCAGUACAACCUGGUGAGCGUGCUGGCGCUGAUCGCGCUGCUGGUGUUCGGGUCGACGCUGUACAUGAUGACGCGGCCGCGGCCGGUGUACCUGGUGGACUACGCCUGCUACGUUCCCCCCAGGGAGCUGCAGGCGCCGUACCGGGCGUUCAUGGAGCACUCGGCGCUCUGCGGCUUCAGCGAUGCGGCGCUGGAGUUCCAGGGCAAGAUCCUGGAGCGCAGCGGGCUGGGCGAGGAGACGUACGUGCCCGCGGCGAUGCACUGCGUGCCGCCGCGGCCGUCGAUGGCGAACGCGCGCGCGGAGGCGGAGCAGGUGAUGUUCGGCGCGCUGGACAGCCUGUUCCGCGCGACGGGGAUCAAGCCCAAGGACGUGGGGGUGCUGGUGGUGAACUGCAGCCUCUUCAACCCGACGCCGUCGCUCUCGGCCAUGAUCGUGAACCGGUACCGGCUGCGGGGGAACAUCCGGAGCUACAACCUGGGCGGGAUGGGUUGCAGCGCGGGGGUCAUCGCCGUCGACCUCGCGCGCGACCUGCUGCAGGUGCACGGCGCCACCUACGCCGUCGUCGUCAGCUCGGAGAACAUCACGCUCAACUGGUACUUCGGCAACCGCAAGUCCAUGCUCAUCCCCAACUGCCUCUUCCGCAUGGGGGGUGCCGCCGUGCUGCUCUCCAACCGCGCCGCCGAGCGCCGGCGCGCCAAGUUCCGGCUGGUGCACGUGGUGCGCACCCACCGCGGCGCCGACGACACGGCCUUCCGGUGCGUGUACCAGGAGCAGGACGAGCAGGGCAAGGUGGGCGUCUCCCUCUCCAAGGACCUCAUGGCCAUCGCCGGCGGCGCCCUCAAGGCCAACAUCACCACCCUCGGGCCCCUCGUCCUCCCCGUCAGCGAGCAGCUCCUCUUCUUCGCCACCCUCGUCGCCAAGAAGCUCUUCAACGCCAAGAUCAAGCCCUACAUCCCCGACUUCAAGCUCGCCUUCGACCACUUCUGCAUCCACGCCGGCGGCCGCGCCGUCAUCGACGAGCUCGAGAAGAACCUCCAGCUCCGGCCCCUCCACGUCGAGGCCUCCCGCAUGACCCUCCACCGCUUCGGCAACACCUCCUCCAGCUCCAUCUGGUACGAGCUCGCCUACAUCGAGGCCAAGGGCCGCAUCCGCAAGGGCCACAAGAUCUGGCAGAUCGCCUUCGGCAGCGGAUUCAAGUGCAACAGCGCCGUCUGGCAGGCCCUCCGCAACGUCAAGCCCUCCCCCAACAACCCCUGGGACGACUGCAUCCACAGAUACCCUGUUCCGAUAGUUGAUGGAAUUCCGUCUCAGUAAGAUCGGAUCCCCCCUGGCGCCGCCCAAAAACCAAAAAACCAAAAAACCAAAAACCAAAAACCAGAAACCUCCUCCCCCCAAGCAAACAAAAAAGAGGAUGAGGAGGAAUUUAGGUCCAAUUUAUCGUCAACUGUGGAGAUCCGGUUAGUAGUAGGCUCUUUCCUUAAGGCCAUCAUCAAUCAAUUGGGGUGUUCGAGUUCCUGCACUCCUCCCUUUAUCUGAAUCUGUUUGCUUGCAUUUUAAAAUCAGCUGUCUGUUGUUGGUGUCACCUUGUUAUUCUUGUACUUUAUAGCGUGAAAAGUUUCAGGAAUAGAGUCGCUUAUGAAUCGUCGAGUAGGCCGUGUUUGAGUUUCUUAUCUCAGUUCUUGUCGAUACUAUUAGCUUACCCCAUACCCGUCUGCUGUAAUUUGCUGAAUUCUUUAACCAUCUUUUGUGGUUUGAUUACCAGGUGUAAUCUUAACUGAAUAAGAAUUCUUUCAGGAUUAUCUGAUC